UGCUGCUGCUUUUUGGGAUUCGGACCUUGUUUGGGUUUUAGGUCUUUUGGAAGAUAGAUAGAGAGAGAGAGAGAGAGAGAGAAGAGAGAGAAGGCGAUAGAAACGAUACGGCAACGUCGCAAAUGGCGUCGCCGAUACCUCCGAACACCGACUCCGACGCUGAAAUCGACGCCAAUCCGAGCUCGAACGCCGAUACUCCGAACGCAUUGGUCCCCGGCGGUUCCGCCGCCAGCCCCCCCGUCGUCUGCCUCCUCCGCUUCGCCGGCGACUCCGCUGCCGGCGCCUUCAUGGGCUCUAUCUUCGGCUACGGUGCCGGGUUGGUUAAGAAAAAAGGUUUUAAAGGAUCAUUUGCAGAGGCAGGAUCUUCUGCAAAGGCGUUUGCAGUCUUGUCUGGUGUGCACAGCUUGGUUGUAUGCUUUUUGAAAAGGCUGCGAGGAAAGGAUGAUGUAUUUAAUGCCGGAAUAGCUGGAUGUUGCACUGGUCUUGCUCUUAGUUUUCCAGGUGCACCACAGGCCCUGUUGCAGAGCUGCCUCACAUUUGGAGCGUUCUCAUUCAUUAUAGAGGGACUUAACAAGCAGCAGCCAGCACUGGCAUAUCCAAUUGCCUGGAAAAAACACGUUAAAAACGAUUUGCCCUCUCUUCCAGCGUUACCUCUGCCUCUCCCUCUCCCUGACGAACUGAAGGGAGCAUUUUCUUCUUUCUGCGAGUCCUUGAGGAAGCCUAACAAGGGCAAAAAAUCUGUUGCUCACUGAUAAAUCCAGGGAUGCGUUGGUCACACCCGUUGAUGCUCCAUUUGUUUGUUGUGGCGCUAUGUACUUUGUAAAUAUCGUAGUUGAGAUAUUCAAGGCAGUAUUUGAAUUGAAUUUUGAACUCUGAUGAUCUCCUGAAGAAAAUCAAUGGUGCCAUUGUCAGUA